GUGGCGCUUGAAAUUCUCUGUCAAAGCCCAAUGCAUACAGACGUGAUCUCGAUAUUUCGUUUAAGUUACACGCGUGUUUGCUUGUGACUUACGAAAAGACAUCAUGCUGUACAUUCCUAAAUAACGUUUUUGGGAAUGCUGCGGCGAUAUUACGGCUGUAACGAUAAGUAAUGUGCAGCGAUGUGAUAUGUUUACGCGUUCAUGAUAAAGUACUCGCCCUUUGUAAAUGUAUUUCGGUGCCAGGUGCGUAGAAAGCAGCUGGCAAGAUGGGCAAGUUGUUGUCAAAGAUCUUUGGCAACAAGGAGAUGCGAAUUCUUAUGCUAGGAUUGGAUGCUGCUGGGAAAACUACAAUAUUAUAUAAACUUAAACUAGGACAGUCUGUAACAACUAUACCAACUGUAGGAUUCAAUGUAGAAACGGUUACCUAUAAGAACGUUAAGUUCAAUGUUUGGGAUGUUGGAGGACAAGAUAAAAUACGUCCGUUAUGGCGUCAUUAUUAUACUGGAACACAAGGACUUAUUUUUGUAGUAGAUUGCGCUGACAGAGACCGAAUCGAUGAAGCACGUCAAGAGCUUCAUCGAAUUAUAAAUGAUAGAGAAAUGCGAGAUGCUAUUAUUUUAAUUUUUGCGAAUAAGCAAGAUCUUCCUGAUGCAAUGAAACCACACGAAAUACAAGAAAAGUUGGGUUUAACUAGGAUACGAGACAGGAAUUGGUAUGUUCAACCAUCGUGUGCCACAACUGGUGAUGGGCUUUACGAAGGCCUUACAUGGUUGACCAGUAAUCAUAAAUUAUGAGCAAAUAUUUAUUUUUCAUCAAUUAGCCACAUACCAAG